UUGGACAGCUGAUCCUGGCAGCCCUGUAUGGCGUUCCCUGUCCAGGUCAUCUGCAGGGCAGCUCGCACUGUUGGAUUAGUUCUCUUCUAUUAUGUCUUCUCUAUAGGCAUCACCUUCUAUAACAAAUGGCUAAUGAAGGGUUUCCACUAUCCCCUCUUCAUGACCUUAGUUCAUCUUGCGCUCAACUUCUGCCUGUCGGCCCUGACACGAUGGGCCAUGCAGUGCUGGACAGGGAAACCCCGCAUCAUCCUGGGCUGGACGGAUUACAUCUAUAAAGUGACUCCCACAGCCUUAGCAACAGCACUGGAUAUCGGGCUUUCCAACUGGAGCUUCCUCUUCAUCACCAUAAGCUUGUACACCAUGACCAAAUCUUCAGCGGUGCUCUUCAUCCUCUUUUUCUCUCUGGUUUUUAAACUAGAGGAGCCUAACCCAUACCUGAUCCUGGUGGUCCUGCUAAUCUCCUCCGGUCUUUUCAUGUUUACAUUCGAGUCGACACAGUUCAACCUCGAGGGCUUCACCAUGGUGCUCAUGGCGGCCUUCAUAGGGGGGAUCCGCUGGACCCUAACUCAGGUCCUCAUGCAGAAAGCAGAGCUGGGUCUUCAGAACCCAGUAGAUGCCAUGUACCACCUCCAGCCUGUCAUGUUCCUCUGCCUCUUUCCCCUCUUCCUGUAUAAUGAAGCAUUGAGCCUCAGUACCUCAGAGAAGUUAUUCCGGGCGUCGGGGCCCUCACCUCUCCUCCAUUCGCUCUUCUUACUGAGCAUCGGCGGCGUGCUGGCCUUCGGUUUGGGCUUCUCGGAGUUCCUGCUAGUCGCCCGAACCUCCAGCCUCACUUUAUCCAUAUCAGGGAUCUUUAAGGAGGUGUGCACUCUGCUUUUGGCAGCAGCUCUGAUGGGAGAUAAAAUGAGCAUGUUAAAUUGGCUUGGAUUCGUCGUGUGCCUGUGUGGCAUUUCAUUACACGUGGGACUCAAGACAUAUUAUUCCAAAAAUAAGGGCCCUUCUUUAAGGCAGCUCAGCAGCAAAAGCCCGGAGCUCGAGCUUCCGUUACUGCGACAGAACGGGGACGAAAGAGAAGACUCGCCCGCCGAUGACGAAGAUGAAGAGCAAGAAAUCACUCUGCACCUCAGUGUCCUGCUGCUGUCAGGCGUCCGUGGCCAAGGUCGCCUUAAACUGACAGUCCUGUCUGAGGACAGACUGCAGAUGAAAUGGAAGGAAGCUGACGGACCCGUUCAGGGCUACAAGGUCCGAGUGAGACCCAUCUCAGAGGUGCCACAGCCAGAGCUCAUGCUGACCACCACAAGGGGACGGGCGACGGUAGCAGGACUGGACUCCAGUCAGGAAUACACCCUCCAAGUCCUCGUUCUCAAUGGGACCACAGAGAAACUUCUGGCAAAGCGGCGAUUCACCAUGGAAAGUCUGCGUGAGGAGGAGAUGAUCCGCAGCGGCAGCCGAGAGCAGAAGAAGAAGAUGUUGCCGGGCGGCUCGGGGUCGGGAGACUUGGACGAUGUGACGGAGGCUCUGCUGGGACUGCCCACAAUCCUCUACCCGGAUCCCAUGACAACCACCACUGCUGCUCUCCCAGACGACGCCCUGGAGAAAACCCCCAAAGAGAAGAGGAAGAGGAAGAAAGACAGAGAGCGGGAUCGUUCCAAGGCGGAGAACAAGGAGGAGCAGGGAACGACGCAGGGCAAGCCGGCUGAGGAAAAACCCCGGAAGACACCCUUCCCUACCCAGCCGGUUACAGGUAUGUCUCCAAGGAGACCGUUCAUAUGCGAAAGCGAUGGAGCGGCGGACAUCAUGUUGCUGGUGGACGGCUCCUGGAGCAUCGGACGCACCAACUUCAGACGGGUCCGAGACUUCUUGGAGGGUCUGAUAACACCCUUCCACAUCGGGCCGGACAACAUUCAGAUAGGUCUGACCCAGUACAGCGGAGACCCCCGGACAGAGUGGCACCUCAACAACUUCACCACUAAAGAUCAGCUGCUGGAGGCAGUCAGGAAUUUCAGAUAUAAAGGCGGAAACACUUUCACAGGCCAGGCGCUGCUCCACAUCAUGGAGGAGAACAUGAGGACAGAGUCGGGUGCAAGGUUAGACACGCCGUUUUUCCUGGUGCUCUUGACGGACGGGAAAUCGCAGGAUGAUGCCAUUGCGGCGGCAAACCGGCUGAAGAAUGCUGGCGUGGAGAUCAUCGCUGUAGGUGUGAAGAAUGCUGAUGAAGCAGAGUUGAGGCAAGUGGCGUCUGAGCCGGUGGAUCUGAACGUCUACAAUGUUAACGACUUCCCUCUACUCAGUAAACUGGUGGCACGACUGGUCCACAUCCUGUGUGCGAGGAUAGAGGAUCGAGGCAUCUCAAAACGGAUGGAUCCUGGACCGACAGCCGACCCGGCCCUCUCCUACCCCAGUCCUUCAGACCUCCGCUUCUCUGACCUGGGCUCCAGAGAGGUGAAGCUCCACUGGACCAAUCCUGCUAAGUCGGUCCAGCAGUACAGAGUGGUGUACCAUAGCGCAGAGGGUCAGAGUCCACAGGAGGUGGUGGUUGCUGGCUCUGAGUCCACUGUCCUACUGGAAGGCCUGUCCUCUCAGACGCUGUACCACGUGUCCAUCUUCCCCGUGUAUGAACACAACGUCGGCCUGGCACUCAGAGGGACCGUCACUACAUUGCCGCUAGCCAUGCCUGCCAACCUGGAGGUGACUCCUUCCUCUUACAGCACACUGCGAGUGAGUUGGGGUGCAGCACCGGGCGCAACACAGUACAUGAUCCUGUACUCGGCACUCAACCACGGAGAGCCUGACGAUGCCAAAGAGGAGAAAUUCAGUGCAGACCAUACAGUGGUGGAGCUAGCAGGGUUACUGCCAGAAACAGACUACUCUGUCACUCUUUAUGCCCUCUAUGAGGAGGAUCCCAGCGAACCAGUCACUGCUGUUGCUACCACACUCCCCCUCCCAGCUCCGAUGAGGCUUCAAUUCCCGAUGGUCACCCACAGUGUACUGAGGGUAAGCUGGGUGCCCGGGGCUGUGGACGUCCCCGGCCAUCGAGUCACCUACAGCACUAACCACGGCAGUGACGUCAAGCAGAUGGAGGUUACAGGACUGAACUCAGUGCUGGUGCAGAAUCUGUCCUCUCUAUCCAGAUACCUGGUGUCUGUCCAGUCUCACUACCCACAAGGCCUUUCUACAGCCCUCACCAGUAACAUCACCACACUGAAGGUGCCCUCCCCAUCAGACCUCAGGGUGACCAAUUUCUCAGGCAGUGACAUCAUUGUGCGCUGGGAGGCCGCAGCUGAUGAUGUUGUCUCCUACCUCAUCAAGUGGAUCUCCCUCAGUGGAGGAGACCUGAGACAGUUGAGGGUGAGUGGCGAGAGUGAGGGGGCCAUCUUGGAGGGGGUGGAGGACGAUAAGGAAUACCAGAUCUCUCUGUCUGCGCUGUAUGGAGACGGAGCUCAGAGUGAAGCUGUGGCCAUACGCUACAGCACCUUGUCCGGCGGAGGCCCGUCCAGCGUGUCCGUCUCCGAGGAGACUGCAGUCAGCCUCGUCAUCAGCUGGGUUCCCCCCAACGCUCACGUCCUUCAGUACCGCGUCUCUUACACUGCGCUGACUGGAGCAGAAAACCAGGACAGCACUGUGUUAGUUCCAGGUGGUGAGAAGCAGGUGGUGUUAGAGUCAUUACAGCCAGACACACGCUACAGCAUCCUGGUUACUGCAGAGUACCGCAACAGAGAAGGAGGCAGCGGUUCAGCUCAGGGCAAAACCACCAGCCUGAGGGUAAGCAGUGUGAGCGUGGUCAGGUCAGAUCACUCCAGUAUCUGUCUGUCUUGGAGACCAGUGUCAGCUGUCGAUGGAUAUCGUAUUGUCAUCCAGUCUGUUAAAGACAAGGACACAAAGGAAGAGACAGUGGAUGAGUCCAGCAGCAGUCACUGUUUCACCGCUCUGGAAUCAGAGACCUUGUAUCGCAUCAGCGUGCACUCGCUUCUCGGCUCAGCAGAGGGUGCUGCCGUCUCCAUCCUGCAUCCAACAGCCACAGCUCCAGUCAGAAUUCCAAUCCAUCCCCGGAUGUACCCUAUCCACAACGAAGUCUGUCCUGAAGUAAACAUCAGAAACAGCAUCGUUACAGGGUUUGACAUGAUGGAAGCGUUUGGUCUGACUCAGAGAGCUCACUCGUCUGUGGAGGGCGUGGCGGCCGAGCCUUUUGUCUUCAACACGCUCCCCACCUACACUGUGUACAGAGACGUCCAACUGACGCAGAGCACCAAGUUCAUCCACCCUGCAGGUUUCUCUCCAGAGCACACCAUCAGCAUCGCCUUCCGCCUGUUGCAGGAAACACCCAGGGAACCGUUUGCCCUCUGGCAGCUCACUGACAAUGACUUCCAGCCCAUGAUGGGAGUGGUGCUCGAUCCUACUACCAAGCAUCUGGUGUAUUUCAGUCUGGACUACCGAGGAGAGGUUCAGGAACUGACCUUUGACCAGUCACAGGUCCAGAGGCUGUUCUAUGGCAGUUUUCACAAGAUUCACCUGUCUGUCAGCCAGGUGGGCGUGUCCCUGUCUGUGGACUGCCAGCGUGUGGGUGAGAGGCCUGCUCGCCCUCUAGGUAACGUACCGACCGAUGGCUUUGAGAUGCUGGGGAAGCUGGUGAAGACCAGAGGGCCUAACAGUGGAUCUGCUCCGUUCCAGCUGCAGUCCUUUGAGAUUGUCUGUAACAACACAUGGGCUUUAGAGGACACCUGCUGUGACCUGCCUGGACUGAGAGAUGAGGAGAGCUGUCCUGCCCCAGCGUACACCUGCACCUGCACCUCCGACAUCCCCGGAGCUCCUGGUUUCCCCGGGCCAACUGGAAAGCCGGGUCCUCGUGGUGAGAAAGGCGAGAAAGGAGAGCAAGGGCAUAAGGGGGAGAUGGGUCCUCCAGGAAAGUCUGGAUUUGAGGGAGGUCUGGGACCUAUGGGCAACGCAGGGCCGCGAGGGAUGGCUGUGCAAGGCAAAGUGGGUCCACCUGGUGCAAGGGGGGAAAAGGGACCUCCUGGGCGACCUGGAGUCCAGGGUUUACCAGGACCUCCAGGCCCAAAGGGGGGAGAGGGGGUCCCAGGCCCUAAGGGCAUUAGGGGGGGCGAAGGCAGCAUUGGAGGACCGGGCAUCACUGGACCCAGAGGUUUCCAAGGAAUGCCAGGACACCCAGGGCCCACAGGGGAGAGAGGACCCUCAGGACUUGUGGGACCUAUAGGUCUAGCAGGGACUAAAGGGGAACGAGGAGAGAAGGGGGAACCUCAGUCCAUGGCCGUGAUCUACCAGCUGGUCACACAGGCCUGUGAACAACUCGUACAUAAGGAGGUGUUGAAGCUGGACAAGUUCAUUAAUGAGAUAAGUCGUAAGCCAGCUCCUAUUGAGGAGCCGGUGGGGCCCCCAGGGGAACCUGGUAUACCAGGGCCCAAGGGUCCACCAGGCCCCAGGGGCACCCAAGGCAAUGUCGGCUCAAGAGGGAGACCUGGCAGGACUGGAUAUCCAGGAGAGCAGGGACAGAGAGGGAUGCCAGGGGAGAAAGGUGCUUUGGGCACCAAUGUCCAUGGCCCCCCAGGGGUCAAAGGAUUUGCAGGUCUUCCAGGUGAGGCCAAACUGGGAAGCCCAGGUCCCAAAGGAGAAGAUGGUAAAACAGGACCGCAAGGGAUCCCGGGACCUCCUGGCCAGACGGGUGAGAUCGGACCCCCGGGUGCGUGUGACAGCAGUGGAGGCUGUCAGAACAUUCCCGAGCAACCAGAAGACCCAUAUUACGGCUACCAGCCUUGAGUGGAUAUUGACGAACCAGGCAGCGGCGGUGAGGUGACGGCUGACAUCCGUUUGAAAUGACUCCUUUUGAAGCUGAAUGACAGACUGAGAAUGGAGUUGGAAGAAAAAAACAUGACUGAAGAGGCUUGGUGUGCUGAAACUGCCACUGACUGAUGCAGGUCUUCAUACAAGCUUCAUCUUCUGUGUGGACAGGAAACAGUACAAGAAGGAUCUCCGUCUGUCUUCUUGUUACAGUGUUCUUUCACAUUAAACAGCUGAGAGAUGUAGGAAAGUAGGAAUCUUUUUAAUAUAGAAUAGCAUUGUGAUAAACAGGUAGUAUCAUUAAGGAAAAUAUUUUCCCAGUGGGAUUAGAUUAUUAUAAACCAUAUUCGCACUGAAACCUUUUGUUACUAUGUUUAUGUAUUCAUGCACUGUAUCAAUGCCAAGUAGUUUAGCCAUCUGUGUUAUUUGUACCUGUUUCAUUUGCCAUUGCUAACC